CAAAAGAAUGGCAUUCCUUUCUCCUUCUCCCUCUCCUACGCAAAAAUUUCAGUCUCAAUCUUUUCUUCAUGGCUCAAAGAGAUUUUCUCUCUGUAAUCCUCUACAUCUCCGCUCGCCUUCACAAAUAAGAUGCUCAGCUUUGGGGGAGAAUUCACAUCCCAAGGAAAAAAUGUCUGAGGAACUGAGAAAGGUGUCUUGUAGCAUUCUUGCUGCUUGGGUAGUUGGUGCUGUUUCCCCUGUUAUAGCUGCUAGCGAGAGGUUGCCACCUUUGUCAACGGACCCAAACAGAUGUGAGAGGGCAUUUAUUGGUAACACGAUAGGUCAAGCAAAUGGUGUUUAUGACAAACCACUUGAUCUGCGUUUCUGUGACUACUCAAAUGACAAAACCAACCUUAAGGGGAAGUCUCUUUCGGCAGCGCUGAUGUCAGAUGCCAAGUUUGAUGGUGCAGACAUGUCCGAAGUUGUAAUGUCAAAGGCUUAUGCAGUUGGAGCUAGUUUUAAGGGCACUGACUUUACAAAUGCUGUUCUUGAUCGUGUCAACUUUGAGAAGGCCGACCUCCAAGGAGCUUCCUUUAAGAAUACGGUUCUGUCUGGUUCUACUUUUAGUAAUGCUCAUCUCGAAGGUGUUGACUUUGAGGAUACCAUUAUUGGCUACAUUGAUCUUCAGAAGCUAUGCACAAAUAAGACCAUCAACGAAGAAGGAAGAGCUAACUUGGGAUGUCGAUAGGCCCUUUUAAUAUUCAUUAUUACCUUAAUUUUUUGUUGUAAAAACCUUUUGAUUUGUUUUUGUGGACACAAAAGGAAGACUUUAUAUAGCAUGAAGUUCAAUUUACUUGUCUAUAUGUUACUGCCCGUUGUUGUAAAUAAUAAUUCUGCAAUUAAAUGGGUUAGGCCCAUUAAGCUUGAAUUAGUUUUAGCCUUUUAUGUCUGCAUACGGUUUCCAUAUAUACUACCAGUCUGGUAGUUAGUUGUAACCAUCCUCUUCAAUAAUAAGCUCCUCUCUUUCUUUCA